AUGUCCUCUGCUCUGCCACCUCUUGCUCAAGCUUUCUCUGGCGCGCUUGGGAGCGCAGCUGCGAAUACAGUCUCGUACCCUCUCGACCUCGUCGCCACAAAGUUGCAGACCAACAACUCUCGCAAGCAUAGAGGGUUUCGGGGCGUAUAUCGACUCGUCACCCACAUACGAUAUUCGGAGGGAUUGGCGGGGCUGUAUGACGGGUUGCCCACAGAUACGGCGUCGACACUUAUAUCCAACUUUCUAUACUUCUAUUUCUACACACUUCUCCAUGCACUCGCAGUCCGAAGGAGAGGCUCUUCAAAGGAGCCGCUUCUCCAUACACUCAAACUCGCCCUUACUUCUCCGACUCGGCCGGUACUCUUGGGGCCGCCCACCGAGCUCGCGAUCGGGUUCGUCGCAGGAGUCGCGAGUCGUGCCGUUUCCACACCACUCAGUGUGAUCACUGUUCGCCUUCAAACGAGCGACGAGGACGACGGCGCGAGUGAUGAAAGCGCAAAACGAACUGCGGAGGACAGGAGACCGGGGUUCACUGAAGUCGUACGGAACAUAUAUACAGACGAGGGGUUGCCGGGAUUUUGGACAGGCUUCCGCCCAACGCUACCCCUUUGCCUCACCCCCGCCCUCACAUUCAUGUUCAUGCAACUUCUUAGCCGCCUCCGCCUUCCGCGCAGGUCUCCCUCCCCGUCAAGCCAGUCCGCGCUCGGCGCGUUCCUCGGCGGCGCGGCUGCAAAUGCACUCGCUAUCACGAUUCUCUACCCCCUUCUCCUCGCGAAGGUGCGCGUACAAGCAUCGGGGACGCGUUCUGGGCAUACGCCCUCUAUGACGGACGUGUGGGCCGCGGCAUUGAGGGCAGAGGGCUGGCGAGGGCUGUAUGCAGCGCUCGGGGUCCAGAUUGUGAAGGGAUUCGUGAGUCAGGGCGUGACUAUGCUCGUGAAGCAGAGAAUCGAGCGCGCGGUGGCCAGGUUGUACGCCAGGAAAUAG